AUGGCCGCCGUUCAGCCCAAAGAGGCCAUCUCGCUCGCCGACCUGAAUCUGCUGGCGUCGAACCCGCCUGCGUACCCAGAGAAGCCCGACGAAUACAGGCUAGACUCCGUGACGCUCUACAUUGCUCGAGUGCCAGGAAGCAGAGACAUCAUUCUCACCCCGUCCAAGCCCUCGGAGAAGAAUGUUGGCCUUGCCGACGUUGAGAGCGCGCUCUAUAUCGUUCACCUCGUGCUCCCCGGUGAGGAUGAGAAACCGGCCCCGACACCGGUCCAACUCGACGCGACAGCCAUCACGCCCAACAGGAGCGCUCCCGCAAUACCUAUUCGCCGCAAGCCCUUGCCCAAAGACGCACGCCCGCUGACGCCAGACAGCGCGUCCAGCUCCAAGGUCAAUCUGGUCGACCCAGUGCCUGUGCCCGUGCCUGUGCCCGUGCCUGUGCCGGCGGCGGCUGUUCCCGUGUCUGUUCCUGUGCCCGUACCUGCGCCCGUAGAGGUACCCGUGCCCAACGGUCGCCAACGGGGCGCCUCUUUGACAUCGCAAGACAGCUUUCGCCCAGCUCUGUCUUCAUCUCUGGCGACCGAUUCCUACAGUCCCACGUCCGGUACCGACGAGCCUAGCCAUCCCCCCCCACGAAUCCCCACGGGCAUGCAAGCGCCGCCGGUGCGCAAGCCUGUUGGGCCGAGAGCCAUGGGUCCCUCCAUGGCCCUCCCCGACAGCUUCCCGCCGCCGCUAGCGAGAAGCCGCCGCUUCAGGUCGCAUAGUGACGCCAGCGCCUUCAACGAUGUGCGUGACCCGCUUCACAGCUACGCCCGCCGGUCACCAUCGCCCCGAAAGAACAGUGCUGCGUCGACGCCCCCCGGCGAACCCUUUACUCUCAGGUUGGUUCGGAGGCAGCCCGGCUCGGGUCUUCAGUGGAACGCGGCCGAAAUCACCUCGCGGCAGCUUGAUCCUCCGGUUCAGGACGAGGAGCAGAGUCUGGGCCUGUUCAAGACAAGCAGCCCCCCCGACGUCGUGUCAACGAGCAGCCCACCCAUCAACAUCGAUAUCGAACACCAGGGAUACGUCAAGUUCCGACCCUUGGCACGACGACGCAGUAUCGAGGCAGAAAUGAAAGCGCGCGCAGCGAGCGCUGCCGCCCGUGGACUUAAGCUGCCCGAAAUGAUGUCCGAGAGGGAGCCCGAGACGGUGCCCGAGACGGUGCCCGAUACGGCGCCCGAUACGGUGUCCGAGACAGUGCCCCAGACGGUACCCGAGACGGCGCCCGAUACGAUGUCCGAUGCGGUGCCCCAGACGGUGCCCAAGAGGAAAGAGAACGAAGUCUUCUCCCGGCAGCUGCAAAUGGGCUACACCAAGAGCCUUAUGUUGAAUAUCAAGGACAAGUUUCAGAAACUUGAGGAACAGAUGAACAAAAAGGGCCAUAACCGGAGCGACAGCGACUCGUCUCAGGACUUGGCCAAGGAGCAGGCCGCAGCCGCCUUGGGGCAACCCGGCCCGGGCAUGAAGCCGCGUGGCUACACAUUCACCAGCCCGUGGGGCGGCAAGUGCGAUUUUCGAACUGGUCUGUCUGGCCGGAGCGUCAGCUGCUAUCACACGCCGUACGACCCCGAAAACGUGUCGUACAACCAGCUACUGGAAGAGCAGGGCGUGAACCUGCCCAGACUGUCGGCCACGGCUCUGAGCGAGCUGCGCUUCGACCUCCCCAGCUCCGGCUUUCUCGUCCACGGAGACCAUGACGGCAUAAGUGUCGGCGCAGAGCGGGCGGGUGGCGGCAAUCGUGGCAACAGGGCCAAGCUCGGGAAGCUCAUUAUUCAUCACGAGGGCCUCAAGAUGAUUGAUUUGCUCGUUGCGGCCAAUGUUGGUGUAUGGUGGGGAGCGUGGGAACGGAGCUUUUGA